UACCAGUUUCGCGACAGGGGCCACGCUACGAUGAGUGUCCUUACCGUAUUGGUGCUGUGUCUAGCAGCCGCAUGUGCGGUGCCAGUGCACUUUCCUAAUAAUAUAAAGUAUGGCAUGUACAAUGGUAGACUCGUCGAUCAUGAGCCGGUCGAGGUGGUUCACGAACUCGGAGAAGCCACGCAGCAAAUUCAAGAGCCAUUCGUAAUUGUCUACGACGAUCAUGGCAAAUUCCAAGGUAUCAAAAUGCUGGAAAGCGAGAGCGUUUGGUCAAAGAAUAUGAAGCAGGGUAUCGCCUCGAUGUUGCAACUGGACUUAGCGCACAUUCAAUUACAAACCCCGAUAAAGCCGCAUAGUUUCAUCACGCAUGAGAAUACUAUUCACGGUACCUGUCAAGUCGCCUACGACGUUCACUCGGCGAACCCGAUAAAUCCGGAAACUACCAACUUUGUGGUCACGAAACUGCAUGAUCUUAAAAACUGCAGCCACUUUGUUCAGCGUGUCUUUGAUCACGUCGAAUGCGAAAAAUGUCACGUGGAAUCUAUGGAUGAUAUGACCACCGAUGCCAGAAGAGUUUUCCAGGUCGAACAGCAAGACAAUGACAUUCUCAUCAAACACAUGGUUGCUCAUUCAGUUAUCAAUUAUUUUCCUUUCAAUGCUCAAUCCGAAGCUCACUAUCUCUUAACCAACAUUACUCUAGAUCUGCAUUCUGUGGUGCCAUUGAUGGAAACACCUGUAUCAAGCAUGAAUUUCCAAAAUGUGCCUAUAAUUCGGAACAUCUUCCUGCGAAUGGUUCCAACUGUGGGCACGACUGCUGCCUGUCACUUUACGCGAAAUGUCAUUCGCAAGCACAAAGUGACUGAUGCGACUGCCCUCGCAAUGUUGAUAAAAUUACCAAUGCAUGUCAAAAUAUCAUCCGAGAGAUUGCUUUUGGAAAUGGAAGAGCUGUUGAAAUUGGACAACACCGUGUCAUCUGAUGUCAGGAAAGCCAGCAUUCUUUGCUUCUCGAUUUUGAUUCGCAAAACAUUCAUGCAUCAGCAAGGCGAAAUCGUUAAUCCUCUUCUUGAGAGGUACCUUUAUCGUUUCCUCGAUCAUAUUAAAAAUGACCAAUCAUACAAGAUGAAAAUGGUGUAUCUGAUGGCGAUGAAAAACGUUCAAGUGGGCAACAUCGAGAAACUUCUGGAGCCGAUUAUUCGCGGUGAAGUUAUGAUAUCCGAAAACCCGCAUAAUAUUCGCAUUGAGGCAAUCUGGGCGAUCAAGAAAGCGGUCGCCAAUAAAGUCGAGUAUACUCACAAUCUGCUCUGGCCUAUUCUUGCUGAUGUUACUCAACCGCUAUCCAUUAGAUUAGUCACUUAUGAUGUCUUGAUAAGCCAGCUGCCGAACAUGCAACGACUCAUGAACAUCUACUGGCUCAUGGUCAACGAAUAUGAUGAUCAUAUGUACAAUUAUCAUUAUACUACUCUAAAAGGUCUCGCCAAUUCCGUGGAUCCUUGCCUCACGCCAGUUCGCGAGAUGGUCAGAAAGAUCUUGCGCUAUACAAAAAUCAGACCGGUCACCACUGAACUUUCGUCCAAACAUUUCGUCGACUACAUAGAUCCUGUGUACAAACAUGGUGAAUCUUUCAACACCGCUUGGAUUCUCGAUCAAUUGACCGGUCUGCCAUAUGCUGGAUACAUCGAACAUCGCGUAUCGGUCGCUCGUAAACCCGUCGAGAAAAUCGGCAUCUACUGGAUUGCCUAUGGUCUGGACGACAUCAUGAAAAUAGUCAAGAAAACAUUAAUGGGCACCACAGUGGAAAAUCUCACCAACAAGAAUGUGCAGACCAUCUUGAUCCGCGCCGCUCAAGAUAUGCCGGUGAAGAAACCGAUUCAAGUCGACAUCUGCAUCACGCUGAACGGUCAUACGAUCGUCGUCAAACACUACGAUCAGAAUACCUUCAAGAACGUGUUUGACGAUACAUUCCAGAUGAAGCAGACGAUGGUCAGUAAUUUCCAGGAGAUCAUAUACGACACCCUCUACGAAAUGCAGGUGCCUAUCGACAUGGGUUUACAAGGAGUUUUCACCACCAAGAUGCCUCAGUUGAUGUCACUCAAGUUUAACAAUAUUCAUACCGAAGUCAAGAAACCGUCCGUCAACAUGAAGGCCGAGGUCGACGCUCGCAUCUGGAGGCACGGCGAAUACGUCAUGUCGAUCUAUAAUCCCAUUGCUGACGUUUGGCAUUCGAUUCGCCGUGCUACCGUUCAGGACGUCGCCGUACCCAUAGUAAUGAACUUCGGUUAUAAUCACGAGACAAAGAGUCUCAAGGUCACCAUGCCGAGAUUACCGAUUACCAAAUUGUCGCAUACUGGUAUACGAUAUUACGCGAAGAAUCUGGUGACUAUCACUGAAGACGAGCAAGACAUUCUCAAGACCUGCUGCGCUACCUGUCAUCACCAUACGGUCGCAAGCACUGGUGAAAAGAUGAACUAUCACGUCGCUGUGGAUUCCAAGGACAUGGGCCUCAAGUACAGCAUGUCGAUCUUUGAUUGCGAGAACAAGGUCACUCCGACGACCAACGUCCAGGAAUGGCAUCGUGCGAUGUCUCCAGAACACAAGAAUACUUGGAACUCAAAAAUCGUUCAACACUUUAUGGGCAUCCGUCAAAAAUUGUUCAACGACUACAUCUCACCGGCAAUGGGUAGUUGCGGAAGGAUCAUCAAGAUGGAACCGAGUAUCGUUUAUCCUACGUCGCAUGUCGAUUUGAAUCUAAGAGUCAACGUAGACGAUGUUGAUCACCUUCAUGAUAAGAUACAUACUUUCAAUAGCAAAAAGAUCAACGUACGCGGUACUCUCGACGCCAAGGCAGCUUCCACGAGCGAAUCUGUCCGUACGUGGGACAUGAACAUGAACAUUGAUAUGUCACAAGGACAUACAGUCAACAACGUCAAGAUUCAAAUGACGAGAGAGACGCCAGGAGAAAAGAAAUUGAAGAUCUGCGUGGAUGUUCAAAAAAACUACCCUGUUACCGAAACGGAUCCCUUGAAACUCGACACCACAAAGGAAGAGACCAACACGAAGAUGGCCAUCACCGCGGGAUUCACGGACGACGACAAAUGCGUCCGCGAUGAAAUGUUGAUCAUGAUGACUGUCAAGGGUGAAAUGACGGAGGAGCAGAAGAAGCAGAUGACACACGACAGUGUGCACGGCUCCUGCAUCAAGGACAUUCAAAAUCCGCAAUUCCAGACCCAACAAGGCCACAUUCCCAAAACUAUGAACUGCAUCCGCGAGACCGUACAAUACACAACCAUGAGGAAGUACACCAUCAACACGUUGUACAAGAAGGUACCUGUAUCUGUGCUCUCGCAUCUCGCCUUGAUCGAAGACUCCAUCCGCGCGUCACAUUUGCCGCACGUGAAAUACAUCACGGAUCGUGCUGAGAGUGGCAACGUGAAGGUCGUGAUCGAGUUCCCCUCCGAUCUGAACCAUGUCAAUGCAACCGUCGUCACUCCGGUCAGCGGAUACGAAUAUGUCGAAGUUCCUUUGCGCCAACAGCUUUUUGAGGGCAUGACUGCGGACAAGCCGGAGAUAGGAUGGCACUUUGUCAUGGACAACACUCGUUUCUCCGUAACAUCAUUGCACAAAAUGAUGCAAGGCCAGUCCAAGAUCUGCACCGUCUAUCCUCAAACCUUGGUCACCUUGGAUGAGGACGUGAUUCCAUUCGUGUCCAAUACAUGGACUCUUGUAUCCGGCGACUACGUCGACCAGACAUAUGCCGUUUUCGUGAAACCCGUGCAAAGUAACACGCUAGCCAUCAAGAUGUACGUUGCCGAUCACGAGAUGAUGAUCGUGCCGAACGAGUAUCGUGCCGUCGUUACCGUUGACGGCAACGUGGUCGAACAACACGAGAAAGGUGUCGUGGUGCCAAAGGACGAGCCGAAUUCGUACGCGAUCAGACUCACCGAGAACAACGAGCAUCUCGUGGUCCAAUCUCAACGGGUGCCGAUAAUGGUGAUGUGGACCCCCAACAGCGUGACCCUGAUGCUGGAUACUGUUCUUCAAGGUCGCGUGAGCGGCGUAUGCGGACACAUGGACACUAUGCAUGAAGAGAAACUUCCCAAGAUUUACACCGUCGCGACUCUUUAAUUCGUAAUAUAACGUUUGUAUCCAUAUGUAAUUCUCUCUCUCUUUUGUUAUCAAAAAUUAAAUCCAGUCACAUACUA